AUGGUCCCAACGCCCCGCUCGCCUCGCGCUCUGCCGCCUCCAAGCGCUGAAACACCGCAGAGCCAAGUGCUGCCAACGGAUUUGCCCAAGGAGCUUCUGCGCGGCGUGGCCCUACACAUCGCUUUGGAGGGCUUUGCAAAGCACUGGCGAAGUGGUGGUGGCCAAGAUGAAAUGCUGGAGCUCAGCCGACCAACUCCGGUUUUGGAUGCGUUCGUUAGCCAUGACUGGGGCACUUCCCGCAGGGCCAAGUAUUUUACCAUGCUGAUCAUCUACAACUCCCGAGUUGCUUUUCUCGUGUCCGGCUAUGUCAGCGUGCUUUCAGCUAUAGUCAGCUUGAGCUGGACAGGAAGGAGUCCACUUGGAUUCUUCGUGACCUUUGUGCCCUAUACUCCGCUCACCUUCUACAUCUGCCUUUUCUUUUGGCAACCCAUCCGCGCCUGCUUUGCCCGACCAUUUCUGGUUUUUGUGGACAAAAUGUGCAUUUCCCAGAAGGAUCCCAGCCGAAAGGAAGCCGCCAUCAUGGGCCUUGCCGCCUUUCUGUUGAAGAGUCGUAGGAUGAUCAUCCUAUGGUCCCCGAAGUAUUUCCAGCGGUUGUGGUGCACGUAUGAGCUUGGGACGUUCCUGCAACAUCAAAGUGCGGAUGACCCAAAGGAGCUUGAGAUUAUGCCUGUGGCACUGGGGGUGAUCCUGCUGGAGCUGAGCAUUUUCACACAAGGAAUAACCUUUUGCAUCUACCUGGGGUCAGCCAUAAUUGACCACGUUUUUCUCCUAGGCUUGGACUUGAGCUACGAGCUGUUCUUUGCAGCCAUUUGCGUCGUCCUGCUGUUUCUGCAAGUUCCCUGCUCGACGCUCUUGAAGAUGAUGCAUGACCUUGAGAAGCUUCCGGACCAGUUGGCGCAAUUCAGCAUGCGAGAUUCUCAAUGCUUCUGUUGUUCAGUGGAUCAUUGUCGUUCGGAAACCGGAGAAAUCAUUCUGUGCGAUCGGCAGCUUGUAUACAGUACGAUACGGUCAUGGUUCAGCGAAUCAAAUGCUGAGCCUUUGGAUGCUUUUGAUAGAAAUGUACGGACGAAGCUCAAGCAGGUAGUUACAAGUCAGCUUGGUUCUGGUCACCUGCCUGUUCCCUACUUCCUCUACAUGACUUGCGCUCCCUUCUUCCUUUCGCUGCCCUGGUACAUGAAGGACAUUAUUUGGCCUUCGGACAUGUGGCUGAUGCAGCAGCCCUCAGCGAGCAAAGAUGUUCUGUGGAGGAUAGGUCAGGCCCUGGAGUUGCCCAGCACAGGCUUCGUGAUCGUUGCAACUAUUCUUCCGCUUUGCCAGCUCGUCCACCUCACGUGUGGCAGAAAAUGCUCAUGGCUUGCCUCUCUCUUCCUCGUGGUGCUGCCAGUAUGUGCGGUUGCAGCGGCUGCAUCGUUGAUCACUUUUCCGUUGACGGGCUAUGCAAAGCUUGUCGCGCAGCUUUGCAAGCUGAGUGUUGGCAUCGGCAUCCUCUUGACCCAAAGUCGCCUAAGGCGUUGCUGCGGAAAGGACUGUCAGGGCGGAAUUCCUAAACUCCGAAACCAACCCUCUUCUCAAAGGAAUUGA